UACUUCGUACCUUUUGGACAGCACUCCACAGCUGUAGGGCGGUAAUCUGCAAGUGGUCAAAUCUUAGCCUUUGAGCCUUCUGUUAACCUGGACACCUUGUAUCCCCCACAAUUGGAAUCCGGUCAAUCUAUAUUCUUACCAUCGUUAAAUUAAUAAUUGGCUCUCCCACAGCCUAUCGUUCGUUGCACAUUACCCUAGUUGAAGGAUUCCAGGACCCUCGUGCCUUCGAAUACGAGCAUCAUCGUCAGCUGUCAGUUACCGUGAUGGACUCGUAGCUAGGCAGAACGCUAUUGAGCCGCGACCCCAACGAUUGCCUAUGACGCUCUAUGCGAAGAACCUCAGGUCGAUUUCAGGCGGUAGUGAACUACAGCCCUCGACUGUAAUAUAAUGGCGACCUCUGGGAAGCAAUCGUCCCGCUGGGGCUCGUUCUUGUCGCAGGCCGUCGCGGGGAUUGAAUCGAAUCUAGACAACAUACUCUCUGGAGACGAUGUGCCCCAGGCAAAACCAGUGGCGGUAGUACCCCCCGCUGCGCUGAAGGUCGAGAAUGCUCCCUCUCGAAGCUCAUCCUCGAACCCGGCGUCGAACGACCGCCUGCAAGAACGACUGGCGAGAGCUGUGGCAGCGAAGAAAAUUGCGGCGCAGAAUGGUGGCGCGCAAACACCUACUUCGAAUUCUUCCUCGAGAGUUGGAAGCCCAGCCCCAGCUUCGGAUACUCCUGGGCCGAGUCUAGAUGUGGUUGCACGGGCAAGCGAAGAGGGAGGUAGUGGAACGCAAGCGGAUGCAGAUACCGAUGAGAAAGUAGUUCCCCAGCUUAAUAUCGAGAGUGCGGAUACAGACAAGGAGGCACAGGCAGAAGGACGACCCAGUGGAGAUCUCGGAAGCAAAACUACAGGUGAUACUGCGCGACUAUCUACAGACUCAGCUCCUGCCAGACGAAGUACAGAGUCCCAGUCGGCCACAGGGCCGAAAGCUAAAACAAAUGGAAAUACGACUGUCGACGAACCUACUACAACCGAUAAGCGGCCUGUGGCGGAUGCAGACCGCGAGGAGGAAAUACACGGCUACAUAGAACGGAUCGAUGCAUUGCAAGUGAAGCUGCAAUAUCUCGCCAGGGAGUCUUCUGAGAAUGCGAGGAAAGCCGCCGCAGCUGCGCCAGCAGAUAGUUUUGAAAAGAAGCUGGCGGAUAAGGAUCAGCAGAUAGCAUUGCUUAUGGAGGAGGGCCAGAAGCUCUCCAACACUGAGCUAAAGCACAUGACUGUCAUCAAGAAAUUGCAGGUUAAAGGAUUUGAAUCCGAGAAGGCAGCAGGCGAGGUAAAUAACACGCUGGAGAAAAUGGUGAAGGAGAAAGCCACAUUGAAUGAGCGCCUAAAGCGAGCCGACGGAAUCGAGAGACAGUUGAACGAGAGGCAUAAACAGGUAUCACGAACGCAGAAGGAUAUGGAGGCUGUCAAGGCAGAAAGAGAUGCCAAGGAAGUGCAAAUUGGGCAACUAAAAGCCCAAUUAUCCGAAUCUGCUUCCCAGGCAAAGGCAGACGAAGUGAAGAAAAUCCAAGGUCAGCUAGACGCCGAGAAGAAACGAGCCAGCAAUUUAGACGAAGAAGUGUCCUCACUCAAGAUCGAGAAGAAAUUGGCGGAGGACAAAUUAAGAGCUCAGAUUGAAGAACUGCAAUCGAAAGCCGAACGGGGGGCCGACCGUGCACGAGCCGCUGAGCUGGAGCAGAAAGGAGAGAUUCAACUGCUGGAGAGCCGGCUGGAGGUUAUGCGCACGAGGGCCGAAGAAAUAUCGUCGGGUGCAACGGGGGAUGCGCAGGCGAAAUUCUUGAGGCAAAUCGAGACGUUGCAGACACAGUAUUCUAUUGCUAGUGAGAAUUGGCAGGGGAUUCAGACGUCGUUGACCUCGCAAGUGACGAAUCUGCAGAAGGAGAGAGAUGAAGCUUUCCGUCGCGAGAGCGAUAUCAGGAAAAAGGCCCGAGAAAUGACACUGAGAGCGAAAUCCAACGAAGACGAAGCCGAGAGUUUGCAAACGCAGAUCAACGAAUUGCAGCAAGCGGUAACGUCACAAAAGACACAACUUGUACAACUACAGCAAAAAGUAGACGAAGCAGAGGCAGCUCUCCAAAAAGCUAAUAAUGCAUUUGAACUUGAAAAGCAAACAUGGGCGUCCGAAUUACAACAACGCCUCGAGGAAGAGCGCAAUAAAUGGAAGGAAGAGGCUCCUCGGUCGGCAUACAACUUCGAUCGUGCUGUAUCACCAGUGGCAUCGUCGAGAAUGGGCCUCACGGCAGAAUACCUAGGUCUCCAGAAUCUACAGACAAGACGCGCUGGUUCGUCAAGGGAUAUGCUGGAUGAUCUCCCCGGGGUGGAACGACGAAUGAGCCGACCCUCCUCAUCGAGGCUCCCUCGGUCAUCAGGACAUGUCACGCCAAAGCGCCAGGACUCAGCUACCUUAUUUAGCCCAGACGCCGAGGCAUCGGAUGCGCCACCUAUCACUAUGGAUCCCGAUGAGUAUUUGGAAAACACGGCAUCGCCAGUUGAUCACCACCACACUAUGAAUGACAUCAUGUCCGUCUCGACAGCCGGGGCAGGUCCAUCCGUCCAACUCGUCGAGAGAAUGAGCGCUGCAGUGCGCCGCCUGGAGAACGAGAAGAUCUCCACAAAAGAGGAGCUCGUCCGUCUAGCGAGCCAGCGCGACGAGGCGCGCGCAGAGAUAGUCUCGCUGAUGCAGGAGGUUGAGGCAAAGAGGGCUGAUCACAACAGGGUCUUGGAGCUGGAGAAGGAGGUUGAUGCGAUUAAUGCCCGGUAUCAGACUACGCUGGAGAUGCUGGGGGAGAAGAGCGAGAUGGUGGAGGAGCUCAAGGCGGAUGUACAGGAUGUCAAGGCGAUGUAUAGGGAGCUGGUUGAGAAUACUGUUAAGUAACUAGGUGUAGCAAGGAUC